AUGACAAGCAAGAAAGCCAAAGUGGAGCACAAAGCUUCUGAGACUCAUAUUGAGAUUGUGAACUAUGAAGAGGAUGCCCUUUUCUCCACAACAAUUUAUCGUAAGGGCUCAGAUGACGGCAUAUCAACUCCUCGAACCACUCCUGUUAACUUCAUUUAUGACAAUGAAGAAUUUGAUGAGUCUAGGAAAAAGCGAAGAAAAACACAAGAUAAAAAAUCUUCAAAUUUCGAUACUUCCAAUUCUAAGGAACCGGAAACUUUUGUUUGUGAAAUUUGUGUUGAUGACAAGUCUGCCAGCGAGUCGUUUGGCGUCCAAAAUUGCAGCCAUUCUUACUGUAGAGACUGCAUAAAGAAUUACGUGGCAUCCAAGCUUCAAGAGAACAUUACAAGCAUUAAUUGCCCUGUCCCUGAUUGCAAAGGGUCACUAGACCCCGAGUAUUGUCGUCCAAUGCUGCCCUCUGAAGUGGUUGAGAGGUGGGAAAGCGCUCUACGUGAGACUAUGAUUGUUGGGUCUCAGAGAUUUUACUGUCCCUUCAAGGACUGCUCGAUAAUGUUGAUUGAGGAUGGGACACAGGUUGUAGCAGAGUCGGAGUGCCCUAAUUGUAAGAGAAUGUUCUGUGCGCAGUGUAAGGUUCCUUGGCACACCGAGAUUGAAUGCGAAGAGUUUCAGAAGCUGAAUGAGAAUGAGCGGGAGAAGGAGGAUAUCAUGCUGAGGAACCUUGCUCGGAAGCGGCAUUGGAGUAGGUGUCCAAAGUGUAGGUUCUAUGUGGAAAGAACGCAUGGUUGCGAUUCCAUACGGUGCUGGUCAGUUUCUCAUUUGAUUUGA